AUGCACACAUAUAAUCCACGUUGCAAUACUGGUGCGUAUGGCGGCAAAAAUGGUGGCGUUCUAGCGUUCGCGCGCGCGGACCACCACAACAAGACCGUUGACUGUCUUUCUGCAGCACAGGCCCAGACUUAUGGUGCACCUCAUUUAGCAAGACAUCCAGUGACAUCCAAGGAUUUUUGCCUGAGGGUGCCUUACACUUCGCCGGGUGUGACCGUGUUCGGGGUGUCGGAUCUCCCGCCCAAGACCUUCGACGCUCUUAGGAGAGCCUGCUCUGAAAACGAGCAGACUCUGGAUAGUGUUGCAUAG